AAUCUAAACAGCAGCAUGCAAAAAUAUGACAUGACAUGAACAUGACAAUAACCUAACCUAUGAUAUUGAAGGCGAGGUGCACGUGUUCCGAUGUAUUCGCUUUUCUUCUAAUACUUUGUUACCAUUUACUAGUAAUUAACUUUGUGCAGUGAUCUAUUUACGUAGUAAUCCCUGCGACAAUAGUUGAGUGAAUCGUUGAUAAUUAUAAAAUAUUUGUGGCACGUGUGUUACUAAACCUUUCUGUUGGAAAUCAAUUAAUUUGUUGUUGGUUCUUACUAUUUCGAUAAAAUGGUGUCAAAAAGGAAAAAGAAAUAUUCAACUGGAGAAGGCUCUCAGUUUAUUUCACGGAAACAAGCACUAAAAAAAUUGCAACUUACAUUAAAUGACUUUCGAAGAUUGUGCAUCAUAAAGGGAAUUUAUCCAAGAGAACCACGAAAUCGAAAACGUGCUCAAAAAGGCGAUACUGGCAUUAAAACACUUUAUCACAUCAAGGAUAUUCAGUUUUUAAUGCAUGAACCAAUAAUAUGGACUCUACGGGAUUAUAAAAUUUUUAACAGAAAAGUAGGAAGAGCAAAAGCUGUUAGAGAUUUUAAAACUAUGAAGAAAUUUCUUGACAAUCAUCCUACCCUUAAAUUAGACCAUAUUGUAAAGGAAAGAUACCCAACAUUUAUAGAUGCCAUUCGAGAUUUGGAUGACUGUCUAACAUUAUGUUUUCUAUUUAGUACAUUUCCAUCUCUUGCGCAUAUUCCUCGAGAACAGUUUAAUUUAUGUAGACGACUUACUAUUGAAUUUAUGCAUGCCAUAAUAGAAGCAAAGGCACUUAGAAAGGUGUUCAUCUCUAUCAAAGGUUAUUACUACCAAGCUGAAAUUAAAGGUCAAACUGUAACAUGGAUUAUUCCACAUCACUUUUCAUUUGAACCUCAGUCCAAGCAAGAAGUUGACUUUAAAGUAAUGUCUACUUUUGUAGAAUUUUACUUGAUAAUGUUGGGUUUUGUAAAUUAUCGUCUGUAUCAUUCACUUAAUUUAUUUUAUCCACCAAAACUAAGUAUUUCAACGCCAAAUGAAUCAGAAAAGGCUUUGGUUGAUGAAAACAUGUUUUUAUCAGAAAGAAUUGCAGCUUUGAAUACUCCAUUAGUGAAAACAUCAAAUGAGCCAGUCGAGGAAGACAUAGAAAUUGACACGUUUUCAGAAAAUAAUCCAGAGAAGAUAGAGGAAGCUAGAAAUGAAGCAAUAAAAAUAAAAAAACUUAAAACUUUAUUUAAAGGCCUUAAAUUUUUUUUGAAUCGUGAAGUACCAAGGGAACCCUUAGUUUUUAUUAUACGCUGUUUUGGUGGUGAGGUAUCCUGGGACAAAAAUUUGUUUGUAGCUAAUAAUCCUAACAAUAAAUUUAAAGGCCUUAAAUUUUUUUUGAAUCGUGAAGUACCAAGGGAACCCUUAGUUUUUAUUAUACGCUGUUUUGGUGGUGAGGUAUCCUGGGACAAAAAUUUGUUUGUAGGAUCAACCUUCAAUGAGGAUGAUGAAACAAUUACUCACCAAGUUGCAGAUCGUCCAUCUUUAGAAAAACAGUACAUUUCUCGAUACUAUGUUCAGCCUCAAUGGGUAUUUGACAGUGUAAAUGCUAAAGAACUUCUACCAGUCAGCAAAUAUUUCAUAGGAGAAGUACUACCACCACACUUAUCACCAUUUGUUAACAACGAAAGAAAUCCAUUUGAACAAUAUAUUCCUCCAGAAGAAAGAGCAUUAAUGGAUCCAGCUUUUGCUGAAGAAAUAAAUAAAAAAAGACAGGAAAAAGAAAAUAAACAAGUUGAUUGCAUUGAUAAUAAUGAUGAAUUAGAACACGACAACAAUGAAAUUAUUAAAACUAAUGGGUUAGAAGAAACUGAAGUUGAAAAGCUUGAUCCAGCAUUAGAUAAGAAAAAGAAACUGUCAGUAGCACCUGGUACAAUCUAUAAAGAAGAGCCGUGGAUGCAAAAGAAGCAAGAGCGUCAAGAAUACAAAUUAAGAGAGAAAAUGAUAAAGAAAAAGCACAGGAAAAUAUACAGAGCAAUGAUAAGAAACAAGAAAGAUAAAGCUAAGGAAUCUUGGCUUCUAAGGAAGAAAAGACGAAUAAUCGAUGAAUCAAAAAAAGACAACAAAACAUAAUAUAACAAAAUACGUGUGCUGUUCAACAUUAUCAUAAAAACGUUAUACAUUAAAUAAUUUAAUUAGUGAAAUGUU